AUGUCCAAAGAAAUAUCAAUAAGUACAAAUACUUCUACUUAUAAACGUGGAGCUUUUAUCCUUUUUGAAGGAUGUGACAGAACAGGAAAAUCAACACAAGCGAAUAAACUUUUUGAAUAUUUACAAAUUAAAGGACAUGCUGUUAAAUUUUGGAAAUUUCCUGAUCGUACGACACCAAUUGGACAAACGAUUAACGCAUAUCUAACAAAUAAUCAAGAAUUAGAUGAUAAAGCAAUUCAUUUAUUAUUUUCUGCAAAUAGAUGGGAGUGUAUGCCAAAAAUGAAAAAUCUACUACUUGGUGGAACGACAAUAAUUGUGGAUAGAUAUGCUUAUUCUGGUGUAUCAUAUUCAGCUUCCAAAGGUUUGGAUUUAAAUUGGUGUCGUUGUUCGGAUAUAGGAUUAUUACGUCCGGAUGUUAUCAUUUUUAUGGAUUUAUCGACUGAGGAAUCUGAAAAAAGAGGUGGAUUUGGUGAAGAACGCUACGAAAAAAAAGAUUUUCAAGAAAUAGUUCGUAAAACAUUCGCUUUGUUAAAAGAAAAAGAUGAUGAUGAUUCUUUGUGGAAAGUUUUAGAUGCUAAACAAUCCGUUGAAAGGUUACAUGAACAAAUCGUUGAAAUUUCGUUAGAUAUAAUUGAAAAUUGUAGCCAAUUACCUUUAAAAGAAGAUAACUAG